AUGUACGUGUGGGCAGUACGUGGACAUGGUGGUAGUGCUAUCGUGGUAUACAUGUCUACCAUUCGCACCAAUAAUCAUCCGAGCAAGGGACAGAUUGGGCGGAAGUUGAGCCGAAAAUCGGUGCUUUCGCCGCAAAACGAGAAGAGCAGAGGCCGAAAGCCCAUUCACAAUCGCAGCUUCGGAAACUCGGAAUAA